AUUACUAUGAGGGCAUUAUCUUUGAGCUGUCCGGUUGGUGAGGCUAUAGACACCUGUCCACACCUCAAGAUGUCGAGGAAGCGCUCCCAAACCCAGGCCUCGUCCAUCAACGACCUACCGCCCUGCGCGGGUCCAAAGCUACACCAGUUCCAGUAUCAUCGAUCGCCAAUACAAUGGAUGGAGAGGUUAGACGAUGGCAGGGGUGACGGCGCUGGAGCCGAGGGUUAUGUGUUUCGGGCGAUUAUACGUAAGAAGCAAUACGCUAUCAAAGUAUUCAAAUUCUAUGACCCUUGGAGCUCUGAGUACUACUGGGGCCCCCUCCUGGGUGAAGAUACACCUCUAGAGACGGCGGCUUACUACACCGACCCCUUUUAUGCCGAGUGUCGAGCUUACGGUCGAAUCGAAGGUGCCACAAGGAGAGGCAAGUUGAAGGGUGUGGCAGUUCCUUGCCACGGUUACAUGUUCCUGAAGAAGGCGGACGAGAGAUCAUUGAAUAAUCGAGGGGUUGAUCUUGGCCUGGACGAUGUCGACAUUGACUUUCAGCAAACCGUCAAAGGUGGUUGUCGACCUAGAGCCAUCGUCAAGGACUAUGUGCCAGGAGACCCAGGCGUAAACGGGAAGAGCGCAAAGAGGAUACUCAAAGGCAUAAGAGAUCUAAACAAGUUCAAGAUCUACAACAAGGACAUCCGGAUAGACAACUUUCGAAACGGGCUGCUGGUCGACUUUGGUUCCUCGUGGACGGAACCACACGUUCUCAUGGGUGCGCUGGGUGCUCAGGACGUCAGUGAUCAUAGGGCUGCUGAUCUAGCUUUGUUUGACGAGAUGAUUGAGGACGAAGAGAUUGAGACGAAGGUGAGAGGGUUACCAAAUCCAGAGUAUUGUAGCAAGCUACGGUCGUGGGAUGAUGAUUAG